ACUACCGACCUCGACGAACAUGGCGCGCGUUUUAUUUAGAGUUUUCCUCGCACUCUGGGUUGGAUUGACUCUGGGCGUUGCAUCCCAACCCAUUAAGGACGAAGCACCAAUCGAUCCGCGCAUUGUCGGCGGUUAUCAGACCGAUGUGAUACAAUGUCCUUAUCAGUUAUCGCUGCGUGAAAAGGAUAUCAUCACACCAGGCGAUACAUUUUCGCAUGUUUGUGGUGCUUCCAUUAUAGCUUCCGAUAUUGCGAUUACAGCGGCUCAUUGCGUUGUAGCUACUGUGCCAAGUCAAUUCAAGGUUGUGGCUGGCACCAAUUUCCGAAAUGAAACAGAUGGAGCCAUUGUCUCUGUCUCCAGGAUGUUCAUUCAUGAGGAAUACUAUAAGGAGGCCCGGUAUGAGAAUGAUGUGGCCCUUUUGGUCCUUAAACCGCCAUUACCGUUGAAUAAUUUAAACAUCAAAGCCAUCCCCUUGGCUAGUGAGCCACCAUUGGCGGGUGCCAUGAGUAAAAUAAGUGGUUGGGGCACCACCACCUAUCAUGGCUCAUCCUCCUAUGUCCUACUUGCCGUCGAUGUGCCAAUAGUUAGUAACGAAGUCUGUGAUGCCGAUUACGAGGACUAUGAGGAUGGUCUCUUUAACAUUACCAGCUCGAUGCUGUGCGCUGGUGUUCGUGGUGUUGGUGGUAAAGAUGCCUGCCAGGGAGACUCUGGUGGUCCCCUCGUUGUUAAUGGUCAAUUGGCUGGCGUUGUAUCCUGGGGUGCGGAUUGUGCUCUGCCCGAUUAUCCAGGGGUCUAUGCUAAUGUGGCAAAUCUAAGACCCUGGAUCGAUUCAAAGAUUGAGGAAGUGGCUAUGCUACGUUAAUGUUAAUUAUCCAGUGAUAUCCUAAUAAAACGUGUGGAUAAUUAUAUUUA